GCAUGCCCUGAUGUACGGGAAUUUCCUGCACAGCCCAGCAAUCGCCAUCGUGGCAGUUGAGGCCCUUCCUGGCGGCGCCCCAUGGAUGCGGGCGGGACGUAUUGUGGACUUUCUGGUUUACUCAGAUGGUGAUGGCUUGGGUGCCGAGGAGGCCAGGGCCCUGCUCAAGCAGGAGUCGGCUGGCCGCCCGGAGCGGUCUGAGUGCGCCUUCUCCCUCUCUUCUCGUAUCAAAGGGUCCCAUGAUUUCUGCUUGGCUUUCCAGGGGAAAAUCUCCAUUUGGUGGAGGUACCUCGCGGACUCCGAGCAUUACCUGAGCUUGAUGAGCGACCUAGGUCAGCAUUUCUUUCUGAUUGUCAG